AUGCUACGAAGACAACCAACCGAAAUUGUACUGAAAUUGGAUGAGAUUGAUGAGAUGAUGAUAGAAAUCAAGAAACGCGCUGCCGGUGAAAAUGAGGAAGUAGAAAAAGUUUUGACGCAAAAUGUUGUUCGAUCACGUAUUGGCGCGCCAUCACCUCGAAUUCGAAUGAUGCAAGCAACUGACACUCAACUUGCAGGUACUUCAGGUAGCACUGCCAAUUUACCUUAA